AUGGGCUUCUUUGACCAUCUCCAAAAAGGAGGAGCCUUCUCUCUACAACCGAAGAAGCCUCAGAUUCGGAAAGUUGUCCAGACACGACCUGCGCCUCCUUCAAGAUCGUCAUCACAGACUCCCGGUACAUCAUCCCGAACGUCGCCCUCUGACAAACCCAAAAAGUUUCAAGGAUCGGGGAGCAGGUCAGUCUCGAGAGAUCCAGAUCUUCCAUCCUCGAAGCGGCGAUUGAAUACUCCGUCACAGAAUCGAAAGCGACAGACUCCAGAACAACGUCUUUCUAGCGAUGACGACUCCAGCGACACGGAUACCUCGUUCGAAGUCCGUAAGCGCGCCAGAACAGGCGACAGUGCUGAGCCAGAUUUUGAAAGGCGCCUACGCUCCUUGAAAGCAUUCUCGGAAGGAGAGGUUAAAGCACUGCCAAUAGUACAUGCAGCCAACAUUACAUCCGUUCAAAAGGCGGGAUGUUUCAAACCAGCUUUUGGAAGCACGGGCCGGCCUACAGAGAUUCUUUUACAGUAUCCAAGUGCUUCACCGAAAGAGAGAUACAACCUUGUCGUGCCCCGAGACAAAGACGAUUUUAGACCUCUUGACGACAUAUUCCAAGUCAUCGAAAUCGUUUCCCAAAACUACAUACCUGAAGACGAAGCAGAUCAAUUUAACAAUGAGUCAACUGGGAUCAAGAGAAGACUGCGACGUGCGCUCGCCCAUGCAUCCGAGGCUGAGGUUCGAGAAGUCGUGACUGAUUAUAAUGAUACAAUCGAACGAUUAAGGCGCGACGGCAGCAUCGCAAAGAAACUAGACUCGACUCAUAGGCUCGGUUUGCCCCUUGUAGAGAGGAUAUUAACCCAGAUAUAUUCGCGCACUGUGUCACCUCGGGUUGAAUCUCUCCGUCAAUAUGAAAACGGAACGGACAAUGUUUACGGAGAGUUACUCCCUCGUUUCAUCAGUACGAUUUUCAAGGAGACCGGACUGAAGUCGGGUCAGGUCUUUGUCGAUCUAGGAUCUGGCGUGGGCAACGUCGUUCUGCAGGCGGCUUUGGAAAUUGGGUGUGAAAGUUGGGGCUGUGAAAUGAUGCAAAAUGCGUGCGAGCUUGCCGAACUCCAACAGACCGAGUUCAGGGCUCGCUGCCGCCUAUGGGGUAUCGCACCAGGGAAGACACAUCUCGUUCGAGGAGAUUUUCUCAAGGAACAGAGCAUCAUCGAUGUCCUAAAGCGCGCAGACGUCAUCUUGAUUAACAACCAGGCCUUUACCCCACAACUCAACAACGAGCUGAUCAAUCACUUCCUGGACAUGAAAGAAGGCUGCCAGAUCGUGUCUCUCAAGUCGUUUGUCCCCGCUGGCCACAAGAUCCAAUCUCGAAAUUUAAACUCACCUAUCAACCUUUUGAAAGUUAAACAGAGGGAAUAUUGGUCCAACAGCGUCAGCUGGACCGACGUCGGCGGUACUUAUUUCAUUGCCACCAAAGACAGCUCUAGAUUGAGGGCUUUUGCCGAGAGCAUGAGGUGA